AUGGCGGAAGUCGCGAAAGAUGUGGUCGCCAAGGUCGAGGAGGCCGUGACGGACGUGAAAGAGACCACCGGCCAGGCGUGCGAGACGGCCAAGGACAAGGUGGAGGCCAAGGCGGAGGAGGUGGCCGCCGCAGCCAAGGCCGAUGCCAGCGAGGCUGCCGCCGACGUCAAGGAGGCGGCGACUGAGGCCGCGACCGGGGCCAAGGAGGCGGCCAAGGAGGCCGUCGAGACGGUCACCGCGCCGGCUAAGGCGGGCCCAACGAAGCGGCGUGAGUGCGGGUGGCGUGGUUGUGGCUGUUUUGGGGCGUUAGCAAAUGUCCCAGCGGGGGGAGGGGCAAUGUGGUGGUGGCGGAAACGGGGGUUGGGUGAGGGAGGGUAUCACGUCGGUUUGACGUGCGGAAUGCCAUGA